UUCGCUUGAUAUAGCGAACUCUUAUCGCCUCGCCACGCCUCUAUCCCUCUUGCCGCUUCCCUCCCGUUUCUAGGGUUUGUGUUUUUUCCCCUCAUCGCGAGGCUUCGAUCCGCAAAGAUGAUGCAGCCGGCGGGAGGGAUGGGUCAGGGUGCGAUGGGCGACCAGCAACACCAGGGGCAGCAGUGGGCUUCGAUGCCUCCGCCGCCGUCGCAGGCUCAGUAUUACCAGAUGCAGCCGCCGCCGCCGAUGUGGAACAACCAGCCCUCGCAGGUGCCCCCGCCGGUGCCGUACCAUGCUCCUCCGCAGGUGCCGUACCAGGCUACUCCGCCGGUGCCUAUGAUGACCUCGGCAGUGCCGCAGCCGGCCUCUGCAGAUGAGAUCCGGACGCUGUGGAUGGGUGACUUGCAGUACUGGAUGGAUGAGAAUUACCUCUAUGGCUGCUUUGCCCAUACUGGAGAGGUUGUUAGUGUAAAAGUUAUUCGGAAUAAGCAGACUGGGCAAUCUGAGGGUUAUGGUUUUAUUGAGUUCAUAACCCAUGCAGCAGCUGAACGAGUUCUUCAAACUUACAAUGGUCAAAUGAUGCCAAACAUUGAGCAAACUUUCAGGCUUAAUUGGGCAACAUGUGGCGCAGGCGAGAGACGAGGAGAUGAUGGUGUUGACUACACGAUUUUUGUUGGUGAUUUGGCAGCAGAUGUUACAGAUUACUUGUUACAAGAGACAUUCAAGAAUCGAUAUCCAUCAGUUAAGGGUGCAAAAAUUGUGACUGAUAAACUUACUGGGCGCUCUAAAGGCUUUGGCUUUGUUAGAUUUGGGGACCCGAAUGAACAAUCAAGUGCUUUGUCUGAUAUGAAUGGAGUUUAUUGUUCGACAAGACCUAUGCGAAUUGGUCCAGCUGCUAACAAAAAGAAUUUGGGUUCUCAACAAUAUUCUGCUGAUGGUUCUAACCAGAAUUUUCAAGGAGUUGAAUCUGACAAUGAUCCAAACAAUACCACUAUAUUUGUUGGUGGACUAGAUCCAAAUAUCACAGAUGACCUGCUGCGGCAAGCUUUCAGUGUUUAUGGGGAGUUGCUAUAUGUUAAGAUACCUGUAGGCAAGCGUUGUGGGUUUGUGCAGUUUGCCAACAGGGCCAGUGCAGAGGAGGCUUUGAGACAACUAAAUGGAACACUGUUGGGUGGCCAAAAUGUCCGACUUUCUUGGGGUCGUAGUCCCGCAAAUAAACAGCCACAACAAGAUCCCAAUCAGUGGAAUGGAAACUACUAUGGAUACACACAAAGCUACGAGACAUAUGGAUAUGCCCCUGCACCUCAAGAUCCUAAUACAUAUGGAUAUGCUGCCUAUGCUGGGUACAACUAUCAGCAACAACAGCCACAGUGAUUUGCUUCGCUUACUAAAUGGGUUGAGAAAACCUUGUGGUAUCUGGGAUCCAAUCCCAGCCAAUGAAUCUUGUGCUUUAUCAACACUCAUGCCUGGAAGGAUAUUCUGAUUUCAUAAACUAGGUGCAGCACUGUAGUUUUCAGGUUUACGACGCGUUGCUAAGAGCUUUCUUUCAGUGUUGAACUAGAUGUUUAGUGACAAUGUAAUAAUAAUUAUGGGAUCGAACCUCCUUGACUGUUAAAAGGGUUUACCAAGUGGUACAAUAUUGUAAUUCCUGUAUCCUGCAUGCCGAUUGGGGUAUGUACAUUAGCUUUUCGCAUUGAGUGAUUGCCCAUUAGAGGAUUGUAUGGAUUGCUUAGAUUCAUGUUUAUUUAAGUAUGUCUCUCGUAUUAUGUGACCAAA